AUGGAGACUUCCAUGAAUUAUAACUUAGACAUCACGCCUAAUUAUUCCUACAUUUUUGAAUUCGAAAACGAGUUCAUUCACCAAAAUUAUAGGAAAUGGAUGACAGAGAAUUGGACUGUGGCAUUCUACUAUGUCGGAAUUUAUAUGGCUUUUAUAUUUGGAGGACAGUACUACAUGCAGAAUCGACCUAGGUUCGAGUUGAGACGCACUCUCAUAAUAUGGAACAGUGCACUAGCGGCGUUCAGCAUCAUGGGCGCGUGUCGGACGCUGCCCGAAUUCAUUCAUGUACUGCGGAACCACGGCCUCUACCACUCCAUCUGUGUGCCAAGCUUCAUCGAACAAGACAAAGUAUCGGGCUUCUGGACGACGAUGUUUGUGCUGUCGAAGGUUCCUGAGCUGGGCGACACGGUCUUCAUAGUGUUGCGCAAGAAGCCGCUGAUCUUCCUGCACUGGUACCACCACAUCACCGUGCUACUCUACACCUGGUUCUCGUUCACCGAGUACACCUCAUCCGCGCGCUGGUUCGUCGUAAUGAAUUAUUGUGUGCACAGUGUCAUGUACUCAUACUACGCGCUCGUCAGCAUGGGCAGGUACCCGCCGAAGAUGCUAGCGAUGACCAUCACCUUCCUGCAGCUCACUCAGAUGAUAGUCGGCUGUGCUAUCAACAUCUGGGCGCACAACUACAUGGCGACCGCACCUCCCCACUCCUGCCACAUCAGCCAAAUAAAUAUCAAACUCUCUAUGGCAAUGUAUUUCUCGUAUUUCGUACUUUUCGCACACUUCUUCUACAAGGCCUACCUCUCCCCCAAGCCCGGGAAGAAAGCUAAAGUCGAACCGCUACCAGAAGAACCGAGUGCUAAGAAAAUUGACUACAAUGGUUACCCCAGACAAAGGAACGGCGUUGUCCACUAG